CUCUUCCGGACGGUAGUAGAAUUUCUGCUGCUGAUCUUGGGACUGUAACAAAUCUGAUCUCAUUUAGCAAGGAGCAAGCCCCAGAAAACGGAGUCCGAUGCUGGCGAAUCAGUGUUUACUGUGGAAAUAGGAGUCUUGGGCAGAUCCUUUCCUUUCUCCGAGCCCUCCCGGUCUCCUCAGAGCGCUCUCCGAACAUCUCGAGUCUUGGGGACCCUCCCUCCGCUCUCUUUCUUUUUAGACUCGAAGUUCACAUUCCCUCUGCAGGAGAGAAGGAGUUAAAAACUCCGCUCCGCUCUCCUUGCGAUGAAUAUUUAACAUCAGCCAGUGCACAGGAUGAAGCUCUAGAUUUCGCUGGCUCUUUUGACUGCAGCAGCAGCAGCUGCUUGCAAAGGUCCUGCUGGUCAGAGCAGCUGGCCACUCGGGGACCGCGCACAGCUGUGGGACGAGGGCGCCGGAGACGGACCGCGGAGGGUCAACGCUUCUCUCUGGCCUCACGUUGUGGCGACGGGGACCAUGAGGGUCUAGGACGCUGCUUGGCAGAUGCUCGCUGCCUGGAGUUCCCUGUUCAGAUCUACUAGCUUCUCCCCAAUCGCCCGGACCUUCCCGGCUGCAAUGAUGAAGCCUAGUCUCGGGCAAACUUUUCUCACGUUGUCUUUUUUCGUCCAAGCCAGCACGGCGUCAGGGAUUUGGUGCUACGAGUCGCAAGAUCCCAAAUGUGGUCCUUUGCACUGGAAGAACGUCACCCAGAACUGUGGAGGAAUGUACCAAUCGCCCAUUAACAUUGACAGGAGGAAGGCACAGCGGGACAAGAACCUUGAUGAGAUCUCAUUUGAAGGGUAUGACCAGGCACCUCCAGGCAGGUGGAGACUCUUGAAUGAUGGACACACAGUGGUGAUGAACUUGGAUGGGGCCUCGGCUGCAGAGCAAAUUAAUAUCACCAAAGGGGGGCUUCGUGACAUAUACCGGGCUCUCCAGUUCCACUUCCAUUGGGGGGACCUCAACAGAAAUGGGUCGGAGCAUGCUAUUGAUGGACAUCGGUACCCCAUGGAGCUACAUCUUGUUCACGUGAACACCAAGUACAAAACCAUCAAUGAGGCCAAAGGCCAUCCAAAUGGAUUUGCUGUCCUGAGUUUCUUGUUUAAGGUCUCUGAAGCAGACAAUACCAAUUACAACACCAUCGUUGCUGGUCUAAGAAACAUCUCGCGUGCAGAGGACUAUGUUGACUUGGCAUCGACCUUCUCUCUGGGCAACCUCCUCCCCAACGUGGGCUUACUUUCCAAAUAUUAUCGCUACAAAGGUUCCUUCACCACUCCGGGCUGUGAGGAAGUGGUCACCUGGACCGUGUUUGAAGAGCAGAUCCCUAUCAGCAAGUCUCAGCUGAGUGCAUUUGUGAACACCAUUUACUUCAAAACGGCUGGAACGACGCCACUGAAAAUGACCAGCAACUUCCGGCCUCUACAACCUCUCAAUAGUCGCAAAGUCUAUGCAUCCAGAGAUGCCACCAUCAGCUGCAGUCCACUACUUGCUGCUGAUUUCUUCUUUGCUCUGCUCUUGGCUCUUCUAGCUAGCCAGUUCUCUUGCCCCUCCUAGAAGACUUCUCCAAUGGUCACAGUCAAUAGUCACAGGCCCAGUCAAUCCGGAGCAAUCACGGAGCAAUUCACGGUAUCUUCAUAUCCCGGCUUCUCUACUGUGAACCUUUGCUAGCCACUAAAUCAAACACAUUAGUUGGAAGUAUACUGGCAGUGAGGGAAAUGGCGUGGGAAGGACAGCUCCAACACCAGAUGACUAUAUUUGGUUUAGUUUCUAAACGUAGUGUGUUCAUUCUGCGAAGGCAUCAAUAAAAUAUGCUCAAGACUGGAGCUGAGUCAAAAUGCUAUACAGUAUAGUUUGCUGUAUAGCUGGAGCUAUUUCAGGGAUGUGUGGUCAAUUUUACCCCAGGUAUUGGUGGCAGUGUCCACUCUCCCUCCUGUUUCUGGUGCUGUUCUUUCCAAAGUCCCUUGUGCUCAUAGAAUAUUGGAACUGGGAGGGACCUUCGGGGUCUUCUAAUCUGCUCAGUGCAGAAAACUGCUGCAGCAUCCCUGAGAGAUUGGUUGCCCAGCCUCUGUUUGUAAAUCUCCAGUGAAGAAGAGCCCACCAUUUCAUGUGGCAGACUGUUCCCCUGUCAAACAGCUCAUACAGUUAGGAAAUUCUUCCUCAUGUCUAGCCUGAAUUUGCUGCCUUGUAACUGCAGCCCUCCCCUCAGGAGCAAAAUAGAAUAAAGUGGCUCCUUUUCUAUAUGACAGCCUUUCAGAAAUUUGAAGAUGGCAAUUCUGUUAUAGCCUCCUUUAGUCUUCUUUUCUCCAGACCAAAUCAACCCAGCAUCUUCAAUCACUCCUCAUAGGCUUGGUUCCCAGACAUCUCACCAUCUUUUGUUGCCUUCCUCUGAAGCUGUCCCAGUUCAUUUAAAAUGUGAAAUAACUGUUGUUCCUUCCUCUCCAGUCAGAACACAUGGCUUUCUUCUUCUGCCCACGCUGAUGAUGUCAUCCUAAAGCUAACUCAGAGUGAGGGCAGGAGGAGGAAUCAAUAGUUCUUGCCCUCACACUGGGGCUUUCUGGGAAGGAACAUUUGUACCCAAUGCUUGUGUCUGGAGGGGAAGGAAUGGAGGGAAAAAAGAUACGCAGCAGCAGUGAGAAAAGCAAUGGAACUGUUGGCAGAAGUAGAAAAGGAAAAGGUGAGGGGACACCAUUCGUGGGAAUGUUUCAUUUCCCCAGGUCCCCCUUCCAAACCUGAGCCAAAGGGGUUCCUCUAAGGAGCUUUGGCUCAGCUCUACUCAAGGUGGGAAUAUUUUUACUGAAAUCAGCGGCUUCUUCCACGCAAUUGGCUUACCAAGCUGGGUGGUCCGGCGAUUAGGACCACCUUUCAGUCUUGUCCAUUUUGACACACGCGGGCACAUAAAAGCACCUUCUUCUCAUCCAAAUGUGAAGGGGGAAAAUGUCUAAAUGAUGUAAAAUGAAAUUAUGGUUAAUAAAUCCAGAAUUCUUACUUUUUC